UAAGUUCACUCCUAGAGUUGCACCAAUAGUUAAGGUUUGUGGCUGAAAUAGGGAGAGAAGUGACAGCCAGAGGAAUUGUGUUGCCUUCUCUCGUUCCCUCCAAUUCCCCAACUAAACAACUGGUUGAGGGACAAGCAAUUUCCAAUUCCACACAAUAAAAUUCUAGGGGGCAUAAAGCAUAGAUUUAAGUUGCCACUUGGCCAGGAAGAUGAUCACUCAUUACUUUAUCCGAGGAUGAUAAUUUUCGAUGGGCUAUUCUAUUGACACGUGUUGGUGCACGGCAUGUGAUGGAUUCCUUUUGGUAGAUUCCAUACGAGCUAAUCUAUAUAGGUGUGGUGCUCGUGUGGAUUUGCUUUUGUAUUUUCGUCCUGUAAUUUUCUUCAUAUCCAUUAUCUUUCCUCUGGAGACUAAACCAUGUCGGCUUUUGUUGGGAAGUAUGCAGAGGAGCUGAUCAAGAACGCCAAGUUCAUUGCCACGCCAGGCAAAGGUAUUUUGGCAGCAGACGAGAGUACAGGCACCAUUGGAAAGCGUCUAGCUAGCAUUAACGUUGAAAACAUUGAGUCCAACCGCCAAGCCCUCCGUGAGCUCCUUUUCACCUCUCCGAAAGCUCUGCCCUUCCUCUCUGGUGUCAUCCUUUUUGAGGAAACACUUUAUCAGAAAACAUUUGAUGGAAAACCCUUCGUUGAAGUCCUUCAAGAAAACAAUGUGAUUCCAGGUAUCAAGGUGGAUAAGGGUACUGUUGAGAUUGCUGGCACCAAUGGUGAGACCACAACUCAAGGGUUUGACUCCUUGGGAGCACGAUGCCAGCAGUACUAUAAAGCUGGCGCACGUUUUGCAAAGUGGCGUGCCGUGCUAAAGAUUGGCGCCAAUGAGCCAUCUGAAUUGUCAAUCCAGCAGAAUGCACAGGGCUUGGCUCGUUAUGCAAUCAUUUGUCAAGAAAAUGGACUUGUUCCCAUUGUUGAACCUGAGGUUCUAACAGAUGGACCUCAUGAUAUUAAAAAAUGUGCUGCGGUCACAGAAACUGUGCUUGCAGCAGUUUACAAGGCACUGAAUGAUCACCAUGUUCUACUUGAGGGCACCCUUUUGAAGCCUAACAUGGUCAUUCCAGGUUCUGACAGCCCAAAGGUUUCACCCCAGGUGAUAGCAGAAUAUACAGUUGCUGCACUUCGUCGAACAGUUCCCCCAGCAGUGCCGGGGAUUGUGUUUUUGUCAGGAGGUCAAAGUGAGGAAGAGGCAACGCUGAAUCUUGAUGCAAUGAACAAGCUAGAUGUGUUGAAGCCAUGGACACUGUCUUUCUCAUUCGGGCGAGCUCUGCAGCAAAGCACACUUAAGACAUGGGCAGGAAAGAAGGAGAAUGUUGCAAAAGCACAAGAAGCAUUUUUAUCGAGAUGCAAAGCUAAUUCUGACGCCACCCUUGGAAAGUAUACUGGAGGAAGUGCUGGUGGGUUGGCUUCUGAGAGUUUGUUUGUUAAGGAUUACAAGUACUGAAGCGUUUAUGUUUACUGAGACUUUAUUUCUCAUCUAUUGGGUGGUCUCAGAUUAUAUAAAUUAUAAUUACAAUGACUUGUACUAUUGUUCUUACAUGUACUCAAUGACUAAUUCCGCUACCAUAUUAAUUAUUAAUAUAUGUAGUCAUU